CCUCGACCACUAAUGGCCCCGCCUCUUCCUUCUCGUUUUCGCGGCACUUCUCCGCGAGGGCGGAGUCACGCUUCAACCGGAGCAUUCUAUUGGACAGCUUCACGUCGACCUGCCGAGUAUGCAAACAGAACGUUUCGUGUCGGACCAAUCGCGUGUCACGCUUCAUUCGCUCGCGGGACGCAGUGGCGCGAAAAGCUUUCAGUCGGUCGUGCGGUAAAGCAGCAGCGGGGAAGAGCAGCUCCGAGACUUUAGCGGCUUUUUAGAAGAAAGUAACUAAUCGGACAAAAAUGGCAACCGACACCGCAGAUGACCGGGAGAUGAGGGAAGCACAGAGGGACUACCUGGACUUUCUGGACGACGAUCAAGACCAAGGCAUUUACCAAAGCAAAGUCCGGGAUAUGAUCGGUGAGAAUAAAGCCCGGCUCAUCGUGAACAUCAACGACCUGAGGAGGCGCAACGAAACCCGGGCUGCGAAACUGAUGAGCAACGCAUUCGAGGAGCUGCUGGCGUUCCAGCGGGCCCUGAAGGACCUGGUGGCCUCGGUGGACGGGACCUACUCCAAGCAGCACGAGGAGUUCUUCAUUGGCCUGGAGGGGAGCUUCGGCUCCAAGCACGUCUCCCCACGAACCCUGACCUCCCGCCUGCUGGGCAGCAUGGUGUGUGUGGAGGGCAUCAUCACCAAGUGUUCCCUGGUUCGUCCCAAAGUGGUGCGCAGCGUCCACUACUGUCCCGCCACCAAGAAGACGAUGGAGAGGAAGUACACAGACAUGACCUCGUUGGACGCCUUCCCCUCCAGCGCCAUUUACCCCACUAAGGAUGAGGAGAACAACCCUCUAGAGACGGAAUUCGGCCUGUCCACCUACAAGGACCACCAGACCAUCACAGUGCAGGAGAUGCCAGAGAAGGCGCCGGCAGGCCAGCUGCCUCGCUCCGUGGACAUCAUCCUGGACAACGACCUGGUGGACGUGGUCAAACCGGGAGACCGGGUGCAGGUGAUCGGAACAUACCGCUGCCUGCCGGGGAAGAAGGGAGGAUUCACCUCCGGCACGUUCAGGACCAUCAUGAUAGCGUGUCACGUGAAGCAGAUGAGCAAAGAGGUGUCUCAGUCGUUUUCUGCUGAUGACGUGGCCAAGAUCAGGAACUUCAGCCGGACCCGCUCUGUGAACGUGUUCGACCAGCUGGCCCGCUCGCUGGCGCCUAGCAUCCACGGCCAUGACUACAUCAAGAAGGCCAUCCUCUGCAUGCUGCUGGGUGGCGUGGAGAAGGUUCUGGAGAACGGCACGCGUAUCCGAGGAGACAUCAACGUCCUGCUCAUCGGUGACCCAUCGGUGGCCAAAUCCCAGCUGCUACGCUACGUCCUCCACACGGCGCCCAGAGCCAUCCCCACCACCGGCCGAGGCUCCUCCGGCGUGGGUCUGACCGCUGCCGUCACCACCGAUCAGGAGACCGGAGAGCGGCGCUUGGAGGCGGGCGCCAUGGUGCUGGCUGACCGCGGCGUGGUGUGCAUCGACGAGUUCGACAAGAUGUCUGACAUGGACCGCACGGCCAUCCAUGAGGUGAUGGAGCAGGGCCGGGUUACCAUUGCCAAGGCUGGCAUCCACGCCCGGCUCAACGCCCGCUGCUCUGUGCUGGCAGCAGCCAACCCGGUCUACGGCAGGUACGACCAGUACAAAACCCCCAUGGAGAACAUCGGCCUGCAGGACUCGCUGCUGUCGCGUUUCGACCUGCUCUUCAUCAUGUUGGACCAGAUGGACCCCGAGCAGGACCGCGAGAUCUCGGACCACGUGCUGAGGAUGCACCGUUACCGCGACCCCCGCGAGCAGGAGGGAGCAGCCAUGACACUGGGCGGGUCGGUGGACGUGCUGGCUACGGAUGACCCGGACGCCAUGACGGAGGAGCACGAGGAGCUGCAGAUUUACGAGAAACACAACAACCUGCUGCACGGAAGCAAGAAGAAGAAGGAUAAGAUUUUGAGUAAGGAGUUCAUGAGGAAGUACAUCCAUAUCGCUAAGAUUAUCACACCUGUGCUGACCGAGGAAGCAGCCAAUCACAUCGCAGAGGAGUAUUCCAGGCUGAGGAGUCAGGAGCAGCUAGCAGCCGAUAUUGCCAGGACCUCUCCUGUGACGGCCCGUACUCUAGAGACCCUGAUCCGCCUCUCCACGGCGCACGCCAAGGCCCGCAUGAGCAAGGCGGUGGAGCUGGAGGACACGGAGGUUGCCGUGGAGCUGGUCCAGUUCGCCUACUUUAAGAAGGUUCUGGAAAAAGAAAAGAAGCGCAUGAGGCAGGACCGCGACUCUGACUCAGAAGAUGACGACGAAGAAGCGCCUCCCAGUCAACGCUCGCAAAGAACUCGGAAGAGGGGGCGCCAAGGCUCUCAGAGUAGCGAGCCCUACAGCCCGUAUGACUUCAGUGAAGAACAGGAUGUCCCUGAGAUUCAAGCUGGCACCCCAAAACCGGCCAAACCCCAGCAGCAGGAGGAGGAACCCAUGGAGGCUACGUCACAAGCUGAAGGUGCCGAACUCUCAGCCGAGAGGCUGAAGACGUUCAAGUCAUCCCUGUUCGCCGUUUUCCAGUCGGCUCACGCGCAGUCGGUGAAAAUGACAAAGCUCAUGGAUGAGAUCAACAAAGAGCGGGAGAGCCGCUUCACGGAGCACGAGGUCCGUGCCGCUCUGGCCCGCAUGCAGGACGACAACCAGGUCAUGGUGGCCGAUGACAUCAUCUUCCUCAUCUGAGGAAGGAUGAGUGUUCCCCAAAAGCAAAUUAAAUAUGGACAUAAACAUACUGGGUUGUUUCUGUUCAUGUCUUGGAAGAUUUUUUGUUGCAUCUUUGUGGUGUACCAACCCAGUCACCAUUGGAUAGAUCACCGCUGUGUUCUGACUCAGUAUUCAGUGAAACAGACAUGAUGUGGAGUCCAGUUUUGUUCAAAAUCUGUAAAUAGUUCUGUUUUUUUGUUUUUUUUUUUUUUAAUAAAUGUAGCUGAUAUAAAAAAAUAAAAUUAAAUGCUUUGGUGUACUAUAACUCAGUUUAUGUGUGUUCUGUACUAGAACCAAGCUUUAUUAUUCCACCUAAAAUAAGCUUAGUUUCUGCCUUGCGCUGUCAGUGAUGGAAAUGUCCAGCUCUCUUGCCAGUGAGCCCCAGCUUGAAAUCCAAAUUUUGAUCUCCAUUUUGUCUUGAAAUACUUUAAUACAUUUGGUAAAGUGCUGUAACCUCUACCCUACUUUGUGUUUAUCUCAUAAAUCUCAAAUACAUUGAAGUCUGUAUGUGACAUAUGUCAGAUCAGAUGUAAAAUUAAAAUUUUGGAUUAAAAGAUUAGUAAAUGUG